AUGUCCACAACUGCCUAUCAAAGUAAUCAUAUUUCAACAUCAUUUCCGCGACCAAAUAUUCGAACAUCAUCAACAACAAAUGCAAUGGCAAAUGGUCGUUCUCAAAUACCAUUAAAGGCCAAUCAUUUUCAGAAUCCAAUACCACCUAUACCUGAAUCAUCAUCAAAAAAUUCCAGUAAGACAAGACCUUCUUUAACAGCAGAAAGUUCAACAAUAUCACAUUAUCAUUCUAACAAAAAUGAAAAUACAUCAAUACAAUCUUCAAAACAAAUCUAUACAUUUAGUAAUCGACCACGUGAAAUCGGAGAAAAUAGAAAAUCUUCACAUAAUAAUCGAUUACGUCAGCGUAUAUCAUCAGCACCUGAUAAAAAUUCUCCACGUUCAAACUUAAAUCGACAAAAACCAUCAUCAGCUAAUCCGUCGUUAACACCACGUUCACAUGAUGAUGAUAAUUAUCAUUCUAUACAAAAAAUACGCUCAACAAAUUAUGUUUUAAAACGUGAUGAACAACAAAAAGAUUCUUUAAAUGAUCUUAUUAAAAAACAAGAAAAAUCUAAAGUUCCCAAAGUUGUUCAACGACGAAGACUUUUUUUACUUCUUCGCCAUUCAUCACCACGAGAAAAACAAAGUCCAUCACCAAUAUCAGAAAAAAAUCAAAUAGAAACACGAGAAAGUCCAAUUAUUCGAACAAAUAAUCAAAGUCAAAUUUUGCCUAAAAAUUCUCCAAUUCCUAAUUCAAUUGAAACUUCUCAAUCACCAGAUAACAUGGAACCCGAAAUGGUUGAUUCAAUGCAAUUAGCUGCUAUUCUAGCUGAUCUUCAAUUCCAAGAUGAUUGGCUUCCAAAUGAAGUUUCAUCAGAAAAUCAAUCAACGAAAUUGGAUAUAAGUAAAUAUGAAUAUGUUGUUGCUAGUCCAAUAGAUACAACAACAUUUAAAUUAUCACCACGUACAAUUAAACCUAAUGAAGAAUUAGCAGCACGAAUACGUUUUUCACAAGAUUAUCGAUAUGAAAUGCGUACAAGUGCUAAUGCUCCAAUACCAACUUUAUUGGCAUCGAUUGUUUCAGAUAAUAAUACUAUAGGAGGAAACGGUACGGAUAUUGAACAAACUUUUCGAUUGAAAUUAAAUUCAAAAGAUACAAUGAAAAAGCAGAAUUCUUCUGAUAAUGAUGAGCCACUUGAAUCAACGACAGAUAAUGAGUUAGUUCCGUUAUGUUAUGAUGCAACACUCAAAUGUUUCUACGAUCCAAACACAGGCAAAUAUUAUGAAUUGAUAUCAACAUAA